GCGAGGUUCCUUAGUAUAUGAUUAACGUCGGCAGCUGUGAACAAAUGGCUACACAGUCAAUGGCUUUGGGUCUUGCUGGUCGAGACGAUGGACCCGCUUAUGGGAAUGUAUACGAUCCCCACGGCCGAUGACCCCUUUAAUCAACUUCGAGACUUGCCACAGCCCAACAAUCUACGCAUCCCACCUCUGCGGGAUCCUAUCCCCUCUCGCUCUCUCAAAGCUCCUUCACCGCUCGAGCCGAAUGCAGGAGGGACGAGAGAAACUACGAACAUCUCAAAAUCCUCACUUUUUAGCGGAAACCCACCAGCUAAACUUCCUACUCUGGAGGACUUCCUGCAUGCGGCCCGGGCAUCUAAUUCAGGCUCUGAUACAAUCUACGGGAAGGUAUCAAGCUCUGAUCCUCCUCCAAGGACGAUUCUGCCGACGUUCAUUAAUCUCCGCGCGAUCGAGAAGCUACCGUACGCAUCCUUCGACGAGGAUGUCCCACGAAAGCCUCGCCGACCGGAGCUAAGUGGUGAUGUUUUUGGAGAACAUCUUCAGCUUCCUAUUCCCAAAAAUCAGAAGGAAACACCUAAGCGUCCUCCUUUUGGGCCUUUAACGAUAUUAAAUGGCCUAAAUGAACCUCCGCCAAACGCCGCCUUAUUCCCUCCCAUAGAACCUAAUGCUGCUCCCACAAUUCUUACGCGACCAACGCGAGAUACCCCAGCCCCGCAAGAUAACGUAAUUGGAAGUGCGACUAACGAACGAAGAGGCGGACGGAUUAAUAAUAUCAUUGAACUCGGUAUUGAAGAUAGUAUUGGAGAAAUCGAAGAAACCUUCGCAGAGCAAGGAGGCCCUCUUACUCUUCCAGAGCAUCAUUCUUCGAAAGAAACUGUAGAGGAAAGUGACAAGGAGCCUGUAUCGUCCAAACCCCAGACCCGGUCAAGGAAGAAGCUACGAAAAUGGACAGAAUCAGAGACGAGAGAUCUAUUACGAGGGGUAGUGAAGUGUGGAGUUGGGAAUUGGACAGCAAUCCUCGCCCAGCCUGAACUUAAAUUUAACCAACGAACCGCUGCAAAUCUGAAGGAUAGGUUCCGCGUCUGCUGCCCAUGGGCUUAUGGUUCGGAACAGCACACUCUGGAAGCAGUUACAAAUAGCCUCACGGAUUCGUCAAAUGGGCCGGAAGCUAGCUUAUUGGGCAAAAUCCUACUUCCUGAUCCGCGGGCUAGCAGGAAUAAGCAGGAACCAGAUGCAAGUUCAACGGCAAUCAUCCUGAAGCCUGCCAAUCAGACUACCAAUAUCGUUCAUUCGAGCCUGGAGUCCCCGCCGGCCAUGCCGUCUGUAGAUGGAAUUUUGAAUUCGACUUCCCCUAAGUCUCCCGAACGCAAAAAGGCCCGGUCUUCAACCCCUAGAACCAACCUAUCCUUGUCCAGCAAAUCUAGAUCAACCCUCAUGUCCCUAGGCCUUCGAGAGCCUUGCCUGACCAUUAAGUCUAAUAGGCGUUCUCGCCGUCCAUUCACACCAACAGAAGAUGACGCUCUCCUCAAAGGCCAUGCGGUUCAUGGAUUCCAAUGGACAUUAAUUCGGCAGGAUAAACGGCUGAACUUAAUGCAUAGGAAAGCAACAGAUCUCAGAGACCGUUUCCGGACUAAAUUUCCCGACGUCUACCGGGAAGGGGGCUCCGUAACCGCUAGUAAGGAUUCUGUUAGCAACAACAACGGCUCUCUUGCUGAACCUCGUUCGACUCAUGAUAGAGAUACACCAACGAUAUCCAUGCUGCUCUCCGGAAACCAGUCGAAAACAACACCUACUCGGGCCCAAUCUGACGUAGCUGACACUGGAUCUGGCAAGCGACUUACCUCGCCAUCCCCGUCGAACGAUGUUGGUCCCGCGAACGCCACAGAUCCAAUCAUGCUUCCACCUCCCCAGCCCGCGCUACCAGACUUGCCCAGCAUUGCUAAUACUUCAUUAUUCACAUUCCAAAUGGAUGAUGGAGGAUCAGGUUGCGUGGACGGUAGUAGUUGGGGAGAUAAUACCCUACCUCCACUCGUCUGGGAUGAGCUAACAUAGUGGGUAUAUGCAUUUAUGAUUGUAUCUGACAUUGUCUCUCGAUGUGCUAUAUUCCAACCUUCUCUACUUGAUCUUCAUCCUGUGGCUAUUCACUACCAUUUUAUAUUAAUAUUAGUCAUAUUUUUUACGGAUUUCCUACAGGUUAAUGAUUCAACCGGUAGUGUAAUAUAAGUGAUUAUUCUAAGGUGUCAUAGGCGACUUAUUCAUAUAUCUGUAAGUUUCGGCCCCAUCUUAUCACACAGUCAACACAACCACUCAACAUUUCACCAUCCGAUUGGCAUUAGUUCACCUUAGUAGCCAUGUUUAUUUGAUGUACGAGUACUGGAAAUGAGAGCCCUUUACAAAUCGCCAAAAGAAAGCUCAGACAGAGCUCCUAACAGCCGAACAAACGUCGCGUAAUCUGUAUCAUACCGUUUAGAGAAAUUGACAAGCGACCUUCUAGGCAAAUGAGAUAUGCAUAUCGUAUUUUUGAACAGGCUAUAGAAUACCGGGGUUGAUGGUACAUGGGACUCACUCUAGUACGUAACCCUGCACAUGAGAGGGGGAAAAUGUAAAAAUCAAGAGUCUCCAAUUUCGCUCCAUUGUAGAGAUAAAGAUAAGAUGGCUUAUUGAAGGAAGGCUUGGUAACUUAGCUUGAAAGGAUAUAUAUAUGAGAAUGUGAAGGAGAAUCGGGGGCAAGAAAGAAAAUAUACAAAGAACAGGGUGGAAUACGCGCUUGGGUGAGUUGGUUAAAAUAAAGCAAAUGGUGUGCACGGAACGGCAAGAAGGAGUGAGAACAGGGCGAGAAUGGGAGGUAGGAAAAAGAUUAUUGAGAACCUUCGAUGUGUGUAAUGGAGGGUGUAGGCGGAGAUAGGAGAUCAAAAUCCAAAGAAAC